AAUAAAUAUUAAAAGGAACAAUAAAUAAUGAAAAUGGAAGAUCUCUUGACGAAGGGUUCGUCGUCGCCGCAGGAGGAAGACGACGAAGAUGAGAAGGCGGAGCUGAAGGCAAAAGUCGCAAUUGCCUCUGAUGAGGGGGUGGAGAACGCUGAGGAUGCUGUGGAGGAGUGCGCUGAAAAGGAAAGCGCGGGUGGAAAGAAGAAAGGCACGCGCAAAAAACGCUCCCUCAACUGGGAAGAAGCGGAGAGGGGACUGCUGCUGGAGGUUAUCAAAUCAAAAGUGGCGUUCGUUGAGAACCGUAGUGUGGAUGCCAAGAGUAUCAAAGCCAAGCGUCUGGCCUGGUCCCAAAUCACCAAACAAUUUAAUGCGUUGAACUUUCGGCAUCGACUGCUCGAGCAAAUUCAGGUGCAAUGGCGCAGCAUGAAGAACUCGGCGAAGCGCGAGCAUCAGCAAAAGCAUCCCAAGUCCGAUCCCCUGGAGGGCAUGCGUAUGAUUGAGUUUAUGGAGGAGCUGCAAAAGGAUCCGGUAACCGCGCGGAGCCAAACCCGCGGGGUCAACACCAAUGGCGCCACCGUAAGCACACUCAAGAAGGAACUACUCGAUAUUGACGAAGAUGAGGAUAUGCCGCUGGCCGCCUUGCCAAACUCGACGAAUGCCAGUGAGGACACGUUGCAGACAUCCACCAUGGCCAUACCAUCGCCACCCCCCUCCACCGCUGGCGGUGAUGGGGACUCGCAGCAAGAGAGCGCUCCUUCACAGCCGCCCACUCAACGUCGCAAGCGUGCCAAACCCAAGUCAACGGUUAAUAAAAAUGAUUCCGGGGAUAUGGGAGAGGACAACGAAAAGGUAGCUCCAGUGCGAAAGCGGCGACAGCGCAAUCUCUCGCAGGCUCAGUCAAUAAUAUCAGAUGAAAAUGAAGCGUCCACAACCGUUGCGCCUAGCACAACGCCCCAGCAGUUCUCGUCGGCGGCAACAACGGUUCCCGAAACGAAUAGCCCGCCAGCCGCCCCGCAUGACCUCAUCAGCAGCACGGAUAUGGAGCAAAAGUAUAAACAUGACCUUUUCAAGCUGCUGAAACAGGCCCGUCUGGCCGAGAUAGACUAUGCACGCCGCGAGCACGAACAGAAGUUGCGCCUAGAGCAGAUGGAACAGGAAAUAAAAAUGGCAUACUACCGGCAAGAGCAGGACUUGAAGCUUCGACACAUGCGGGAAGAGCACGAUAUAAGGCUCCGGCAACAGCGACGAGAACACGAGGCGCGUCUUGGUAUUUACAGCCUCAAAUGCAGCGGACUAAAUGGAAGCAUACAGGAACAGAUGCCCCUGCCCUCAGCGAAAUGCAACGCCAAAAUGGACUACAAUAAUGUCCACAUGGACGGUGACACUGUCAAGCCAUCGACCAGUGCAGAGGGGAAGCUGGCUCUCAGUGCAGCCUGCAAUUAGUGGGCGUGGUGGGGGGGUCAGACACACGCUCGCAAUACGAAUUGCCAGAAAUUAGCCUGUAAGUGUAUUUAGAGGAAAACAUCAUCCAAUACUUUAAAAUUUAGCUUGAAAUACGUUUAGCGAAAUGUAGCCCGACCAAAUCACGGUCAGAUGAAUGAUUUCGAAGACGAAUGAAUGAAUACGAAUACUCAAAAACUACACUCAAGAUGCCACUCGGGCGCCGCCUGCCACGAAAAAUGGACUGUUUUUUUGUGCAUUUCGCACCACACACAAAUACGAGCAUACAGACAAUGCAUUUUCAAUAUAGUAUUACAUAUAUAUUUCUAAAGAUUAAGACUCCUCAAAAACAUGAUCAUUUCAAACGCGGUUGUGUCGUACGAAACAAAAAUACUCAAACACACUCUGAAUAAGUUCCCUAUUUGCAAAUCUUUAAAACGCAUACGACGCCCCAAGUCAGUCAGUAUUCUUUAUUGCCACUGUAUUAUUUUUACUUUUUACAUUUUUUAUUUGUAAGUUUUUUUUUACAAAACUUACAAUUUAGACAUAGGUACGUGUCGUAAUUGUAAAUCCCUGUAUGUCUGUUCAUACAUUACCGGAGAAUCUUUUAUAAUUCUUAUAAUCAUAAGUUACUGUACAUCGUGUUCUAUAGCGCAGUAAUGUCCUGUCACUUUGCUUCUGCUUAAUAAAAGGCAUGAUUAAGGCGAGAGCGAAGUAAAGUUAAACUAGAUAAAGAAAAUACAAAUACAUAGUGUGUAAUCAA